CUCAGCUCAUGAUGUCCGGACGAGGCAAACAAAGCGGUAAGGCUCGCGCUAAGGCCAAGACUCGGUCUUCGCGAGCCGGGCUUCAGUUCCCCGUGGGCCGGGUGCACCGCUUGCUCCGCAAGGGCAACUACGCCGAGCGGGUUGGGGCCGGCGCGCCGGUGUACCUGGCGGCGGUGCUGGAGUAUCUGACGGCCGAGAUCCUGGAGCUGGCGGGCAACGCGGCCCGCGACAAUAAGAAGACGCGUAUCAUCCCGCGCCACCUGCAGCUGGCCAUCCGCAACGACGAGGAGCUCAACAAGUUGCUGGGCAAAGUCACCAUCGCUCAGGGCGGCGUCUUGCCCAACAUCCAGGCCGUGCUGCUGCCUAAGAAGACCGAGAGCCACCACAAGACCAAAUAAGUAACAAGAUCCAGCAAUCACUUCACUUAUCCAGUCCUGGGUUCCAGUUUUGUACCAUAAUGUGAAGGCUUCAAAGUGAAUAGUUGAGGCCCCAAAAGAGAAGAGAAUGAGGCUUUAAAGAAAACAUGGAAGAGAUAUUCAGUACAGACCAUUUAUGGGCUACAUAUGUAACAUGAAUGCACUUUAGGUGGGUAUCGUUCCAGUUACAAUUUAGAAAAGAAAUGCUAUGGGACUGAAUGUUUGAGCCCCCUGCCCCCCUUUCAUAUAUUGAAAUCCUAACCCCCCAAUGUGAUGGUAUUUGGAGAUGGGGGCUUGGGAGGUAAAUGGGUUUAGAUGAGGUCAUGAAGGUAGAAUCCUCAUGGUGGGAUUAGCACUCUUGUAAGAAGAAGAGACCAGAGCUCCCCACGCACUCCUGGAGCCCACAAAGAAGAAAUCACAUGAGCACACAGAGAGAUGGCAGCACCUACAAACCAGGAAGCAGGUCUUCACCAGACAUGGAAUCUGUUGGCCCCUUGCUCUUGGACUUCCCAGAUUCCAGAAC